GGCCCCGGCCGCGCUGCUCCCGGGAGGCGGCGGGCCGGGGCCGGGGCCGGGGCCGGGGCCCGGCAUGGAUGGCCGCGACUUCGCACCGCCGCCGCAUCUGCUGUCGGAGCGCGGGAGCCUGGGCCACCGCAGCGCCGCUGCUGCCGCGCGCCUCGCCCCGGCCGGACCCGCCGCGCAGCCCCCGGCGCACUUCCAGCCCGGAAAGUACUUCCCGUCGCCGCUGCCCAUGGCUUCGCACACAGCCAGCAGCCGCCUGAUGGGGAACUCUCCGGCCUCCUCUUUCAUGGGCAGUUUCCUCACCAGCAGCCUGGGCUCAGCGGCCUCCGCGCACCCCAGCGGCCCCACGCCCUCCCCCUCGGAGCAGGCCUACCGUGGCUCCCACCCCACCGCCUCCCAGAUCUGGUUCUCCCACUCCCACGAAGCUCCAGGGUACCCCAGAUUUUCGGGGAGUCUGGCAUCCACCUUCCUACCCAUGAGCCACUUGGAUCACCAUGGAAACAGCAAUGUUCUCUAUGGGCAACAUCGUUUCUAUGGAACCCAAAAAGAUAACUUCUACCUGCGCAACCUGCCCCCCCAGCCCACGCUUCUGCCCGCCAACCACAACUUCCCCGGUGUGGCCCGGGCUGCCCCCGGCCACCCCAUCGGCUCGUGCAGCCGCGACCGGGGCGAGGCCAGCCACCUGCAGAAGGGCACCAAGGAAUUCGACCGCUUCCUCGUGGGCAAAGAGAAAGCCGGCAAGGCAGCCGAGGGCAAGGAGCGGCUGGCGGCAGCGGCGGCCGUGGAGGAGGACGGCAGGGGGCGGCACAAGCUGGUGCUUCCCGUGCCCGGGGACGCGCACUGCAAGGAGGGCGGCGUGGCCCGGGGCGCCUGCGAGGCCCGCCCGAAGCACCUGGCCGCUUGCCUUCUCAACACCAAGGUGCUCGACGGCGAGCUGGCCAGCUGCGCGGGGGGCGUGCUGGGGCGGCCCGGCGGGGGCAUGCCAGCCUCCGGACGCUGCGCCAAGGAGGCGGCGGGCCCUGUGGAGCCCGGGCCAGCCUUCAGCGAGUGCCUGGAGCGGAGGCAGAUGCUGCACCACGCUGUGUCCUACACCGUGCCAUCCGGCCUGCCCGCCGGGCCGCCCCCACCGCUUAGCACAGCUGCAGGCUCCUUCUCCUGCCUGCAGCUGCAUGGGGGCCCCGAGGGGCUCUGCCUGCAGGACAAAGUCCCCCGGGACCUGAAGGCCAGCGGGCCCACCUUCGUGCCUUCCGUGGGACACCUGGCCGACAAGGGCCGCCCCUUCCAGGCGGCCGAGGCCUGUGCUGUGGCGGCGGAGGACAAAGACCGGCGCCUGGACGGGGCUGUGGCCCCGGACCACGCUGCGCCUUACGGGGUCUCCUACGGCCACCUGAAGGCCGAGGGCAAGGGCGAGCGGCGGCCCGGGAGCUUCGCGGCGGCCCUCAACCCCCGGCUGAAGGGCCUGGAGUACCUGGACAGCGCAGGCCCCGAGGCCCCGUUCCCCGGGCUCCCCAAAGGAGGUCUGGACAAAAGCGGCUACUUUGAGUUGCCCGCCCCCUCGCAGGACUGUGCCCGGCCAGGUCACCAGGACCCUCUGGGCGGCAAGGUCACUUCAGACAAGACCGCGAGCAAGGAGGCCCCCGUGGCUCCCCCCGGGGCCCAGAAGGUGGCUCGCAUCCGGCAUCAGCAGCACUUGGUGGCCCCCGAGGUGGAGCUGGGGGGCGGUGGGGCUGAGGCCAAGCACAAGUCUCUGGAGCUGGCGUCUCUGGGCUACGGCGGGCCGCCCCCACCCCCGUGGAGCGUCCAGUCGGGCCAGGGCGCCGCCAUGGCCAUCGGCGAGGAGCGCAAGACAGGUGCCUACCUGGACCCCUUCGGCGGCACCUUGCAGCAGGCCGCCCUCCUGCCGCAGGACCUGCCUGCCCCGCCCGACGAGGUCUCGGCCAUGAAGAACCUGCUUAAAUACAGCAACCAAGCGCUGGUGGUCGGCCAGAAGGCGCCCUUCGUGGGUCUAGGGGGGCUGAAGGCCAGCUGCGCCCAGCAGGAUGGGAAGUUCCCGGCCCCCAAGGGCCCGGGCCAGGCCCCCGGGGAGGUGGAGAGGCCCGACUGUGCCCGGAGCCGGGAGCACGACGCUCCGCACGGCGACGUGGAGGUGAGGCAGCCGCCCGUGGGCAUCGCGGUGGCCUUGGCCCGGCAGAAGGACACGGUGAGCCGGUCGGAGAUGGCCUACGGUGGCAACCCAGGGCGGCAGGGCCGGGCAGCCCCCGCCUUCAAAGCCGGCGGUGGGCCUCGCGCCACCCACGGCCUGGACCUGGAGGCUGAGGAGGAGAGGGUGCGCCUGUGCGAAGACCGCCUGGGGCUCACGGGCCGCGAGCUGCUGCUGCAGGACAACAAGGACCUCGUGGAGUUCGCCCGGAUCCACCCGUCGGGCGGCUGCCCUGGAGACCUGGCCCCCCACCUCAUGAUCGCCGGGGGCUCCUCCCUGCCGAGCGGCCAGCUGGGCGGGGAGCCGGCCCCCCACCCCCACCCGGCCCACCCCCCCUGGCUGCCCCGCACCCGAAGCCCCUCCCUGUGGAUGGGGGGCCAUUCCUACGGCCUUGGGCACCCCGCCCUGCACCAGAACCUGCCCCCCGGCUUCCCCGCGUCCGUGCCUGGCUCCAUGCCCCCCGUCUUCCCCCUCUCCCAGGACGCCCCCGCUCAGCUGGUCAUCCUGCCCUCCGAGCCCGCGCCCCACACCGCCCCCCACGCGCUUGCUGACGUUAUGGACCAGGCUUCGCUGUGGCCCCCCAUGUAUGGGGGCCGGGGCCCUGCCUCCCACAUGCAGCACCCAGGCCAGCUCCCCGUCUACUCACGGUCCCAGUUCCUGCGGCAGCAGGAGCUCUACGCCCUGCAGCAGCAGCAGCAGCAGCAGCAGCAGCAGCAGCAGCAGCAGCAACGGGCCAGCCAGGCCCUGGAGCUGCAGCGGGCCCCCCCGUUCCAGCAGAAGCCGGAGGACCACCACCUGGAGCCGGAGGAGCCCCCCCAGGAGAAGGCCCUGAAGUCCACCCACAAGCCAGUUGCCUUAACCCCCACGGCCAAGGGCACCCCCUCCCCCGCCACCACAGGCCCUGCCAAGCUGUCACCCUGCUGCCACUCUCCGGUCCCGAAGCCCCCCGCCAGCUGCCCUACGCCACCGCCGCAUCCCGGCGCCCCGUGCACUUUAUCUGUCUGCCCCUCUGGCAGCCCCGGCUCAGGCUCCAAGCUUCCCAGCACCGAGGACAAGCGUGGGGAGGGCCAGCGGCCCGGAGCCAACCUCAGCACGCUGGAACCAGACCUGCCUCCCGGAUACACCUGCCCCGCGGCCGGCCCGGGCUUCUCCCUGCCCCCCGACGUGCACUCCUCUGACCUCUCGGACCCCGAAACUAUGCAAGCCGCUCCCCCGGGGGCCCAGCCUGAGCUGGCCAGGACGUUCCCACCCCGGGAGCUGCACCCACACAGCCCCCAGAACCUGGAGGAGCCCGGGCUGCCCUCGGGGCCAAGGGAGCCCCCCCAGGACCUUGCCGCCACCCCCCACCCUGCUGAGCGGGGACCCCUGGGGAAGGCAGCAGACCCCAGCCCGCUGGAGGGGCUGCGAGAACUGCAGUGCGGGGCCCUCCUCGAGGGAGGGGGCCCGGAGACCACUGGCCAGGCUGAUUCUACUCAGGGAGGGGCCCGUGAGGAGAGGACCACGGAGGAGAGGGGGGAGGAGGGAGAGCAAGGGCCCCCGUUGGGGAGCGGCCCCCAGGCCGGGGAGCAGCAGGCGGGGAGCCUGGAUGCCCUGGGGCAGGCUGAGCCCGGGCAGCCUGAGGUGGAGGCCGAGGCCCAGGCGAAGGCUGGGCUGGAGGAGGAGGAGGAGGAGGCCUGGGGGUCGACUCCUCACGGCAGCCAACUGCCCACUGGUCUGGAUGCCCUGGUGGCAGCCACCAUUGACCUGGGGGACUUGCCUGGCGUUGGCCCCCUGGACCCUCAGCCCCCGCCGUCUGGGCCACCCAGCACAGCACCCCCACCCCGUAGCUCAGGGAUUCAUGGAAUCGCCCUGCUCAGCGAGCUGGCUGACCUGGAGACGCAGCAGCAGCGGAUGGAGCCGGCCCUGCAAGAGGAGGAGGACGUGCUGGCCUUCAACCUGCAGCGCCUCGCCACGCUGGCCUCAGCCUGGUCCCUGGUGGAGGCCGCUGGCCUGGACAGCCCCGCCUCCUCGAGCCAGCCCCCCGCCGCCGACCCCUGCAGGGCGCCCGCGCUCACCCCCCGCAUGCAGAUCCUGCAGCGCAAGGACAGCUGGGCCCCCAAGACCAAGCCUGUGUGCCCACUGAAGGCUGCCAUUGACCGGCUGGACACACAGGAGGUGGAGAUGCGUGUCCAGUUGGCGGAGCUGCAGAGGCGCUACAAGGAGAAGCAGCGGGAGCUGGCACGGCUGCAGCGCAGGCAUGACCAUGAGAGAGAUGAGAGCUCGCGGAGCCCCGCCAGGCGGGGGCCCGGCCGGCCAAGGAAGCGGAAGUACUCCAGCUUGCUGCCUGCCCUGCGCCCCGGCGACGGCAAGAAAGUCAAGGCAGUGCGGUCCAGCCUCAGCCUGCUGUGCGCCGAGCUGCGGGGCGGCGAUGACGAGCCAUCAAAGAAGCGAGGCCGGCUGGAGAAGGGCGCCUACGUGGGCCUGCAGCCCGCCUCUGCGGAGAAAGUUCGGUGCAAGAAGAGCAGCAGUCAGGGUGACCUGGCAUCCGCAGUGGCCCACAAGGUGGCCCAGCUGAAGCCAAAGGUCAAGACCAAGGGACUGCCCGCGGGCCUCAGCCCCUUCAGACGGAAAGAGGCCACCCCAGGGGGUCGCAUCCGGAAGAAGCUGUCUCGAGCCAAGAGCGCCAAGGUGACCGGGGCAGCCCGGCACCCACAACCAGACGGUGGCGUUGGCAGCAGGGAGACGCCUAAGUUCCCGGCCCAGCCAGCAGCGGCCACGGCACGCGAGGCAGGCAGCGGCUCGGACAGUGACAAUUGUGAGGGUCUGUUGGAGGCAGAGGCACCCCCGAAGGAGCCUGGGCUGGCGCUGCACGCUGGGGCCCGCGUGGCCGUGCUGGGGCCCUCACCCUCCUCCGUGGUCAAGAUGGAGGCCAACCAGAAGGCCAAGAAGAAGAAGGAGAGGCAGGGCUUGCUAGGGGCCUGCCGCCUGUCCAGCCCUGAGGGUGAGGUCAAGGUCAAGCGGAGGACGGUGAAGGCCAAGGUGGGCAGCAAGCUGGAGCGGGCCCCAGGGCACAGGCCCCCAGGCGGGCCCGGCAAGAAGAAAACCAAGAGCAAGGCCAAGGGCAGCCUGCGGGCAGAGCCGGGGGCCACGCCCGGCAGGGACACCCUCGGCAGCCCCUCCCGGGCCUUCACCUGCCACGCGGAGGGCAGCAGGCUGGCCAGCGAGCGCCUCAAGAGGGCCACCCGCAAGAGCACGGUGCUGCAGCCAGGGCUGCGGCGGAAGAACGGGGCCCUGUCCAUCGCCCUGUCACCCCGCAACGCCAAGGCCAUCCUGGGGAGAGGCAGGAAGGCGGGCAAGGUGAAAGCCAAGGCCGGCGCCAAACAGGGCAAGGGCCAGGCGGUGAGCCGGCUGCUGGAGAGCUUCGCGGUGGAGGACGACUUUGCCUUCGAGGACAGCAGCAGCCUCUCGGAGGACGAGGAGGAGGCCAGAGGCCCCCUGAGCGCCGAGCAGAGCGCUGCCCUGGCGCGUUCGUGCACCAUCCACAAGGAGGACCUGCAGGACGGGCUGCCGGUGCUCAUCCCCAAGGAAGACAGCCUGCUGUACGCGGGCAGUGUCAGGACCCUGCAGCCCCCCGACAUCUACAGCAUCGUCAUCGAGGGCGAGAGAGGCAACCGGCAAAGGAUCUACUCGCUGGAGCAGCUGCUGCAGGAGGCGGUGCUCGACGUCCGGCCGCAAUCCAGCAGGUACCUCCCGCCCGGCACGAGGGUCUGCGCCUACUGGAGCCAGAAGUCCCGCUGCCUGUAUCCAGGCAACGUGGUGCGAGGAGCCUCCAGUGACGAGGAGGAGGACCUGGACUCCGUGGUGGUGGAGUUUGACGACGGGGACACCGGCCACAUCGCCGUCUCCAAUAUCCGACUGCUGCCUCCGGACUUCAAGAUCCAGUGCACAGAGCCCUCGCCAGCCCUGCUGGUGUCCAGCAGCUGCCGGAGGACCAAGAAGGCGUCCUGUGAGGCACCCCCGCCCAGUGAGACCACAGCCCCCAGCCUGUCUCCCAAGGCGCACGACGGCCCGACCUCGAAGCCUCCCGGGAAGAAAUCCGUCGGCAAAGACAAAGCCGGCAAAGCGGAGCUCCUGGGCGCCAGCACCAAGCCCCCCACGGGGGCCUCGGACCACUUCCUGGGCCGUCGUGGCAGCCCGCUGCUGAGCUGGUCCACGGUAGCGCAGACCAAGCGGAAGGCGGCCGCAGCGGGCGGCAAGGGGCCUGGCUCGCUGCAAAACCUCUUCCAGCUCAACGGCAGCGCCAAGAAGCUGCGGGCCCGCGAGGCGCUGUUCCCCGUGCACAGCGUGGCCGCGCCGGUGUUUGGCAAUGGCUUUCGCGCCGACUCCUUCAGCAGCCUGGCCAGCUCCUACACGCCCUUCGUCAGUGGGGCUGGACCCGGCCUGCCCGGGGGCGCCCACAAGCUGCUGCGGGCCAAGAAGGCCGAGCGGGCAGAGGCUGAGAAGGGCGGGCGGCGGAGGGUGGGCGGCGAGUUUCUGGUCAAACUGGACCACGAGGGCGUGACCUCCCCCAAGAGCAAGAACUGCAAGGCGCUGCACGCAGGCGACAAGGACGCAGGGCCCAGGCCGGGGCGGCCCCUGCCCAGCCCUGGCUACGGGCACCCGGUCCUCGUGGGCAAGGACAGGAAGGGGCGGGCGCCCGUCCACCCACUGCCCAUGGGACUGGCACUGCGCAAGUUCGCGGGCCAGGCCGAGUACCCGCUGCCCUGCGACAGCGACUGCCACAGCUCCUACUCGGACGAGGAGGAGGACGGCCCCAGCCUGGCCCCCGGCGUGCCCUCCGGCUUCCUCGCCCGCCUGUCCGUGUCCUCCUCCUCCUCGGGCUCGUCCACCUCCUCCUCCUCCGGCUCCCUGUCCACCUCCAGCCUCUGCUCCUCGGAUGACGAGGGCUCCUCCUACAGCUCGGACGAGGAGGACCCGGCCCUGCUGCUGCAGACCUGCCUCACCCACCCCGUGCCCGCCCUCCUGGCCCAGCCUGAGGCCCUGCGCUCCAAGGGGGGCGGCCCGCACGCGCACGCCCAGCGCUGCUUCCUGUCCAGGACGGCGGUGGCCGGCGGGGGCGCGGGCGCGGGCCCCAGCGGCAGCAGACCCAGGCUCAAGCGCAAGGAGGCCCUGAGCUUCUCCAAAGCCAAAGAGCUGUCCCGGAGGCAGCGGCUGCCCUCCGUGGAAAACCGGCCAAAGAUCUCAGCCUUCCUGCCUGCCCGGCAGCUCUGGAAGUGGUCGGGGAGCCCCACACAGCGGCGUGGCAUGAAGGGGAAGGCCCGGAAGUUGUUCUACAAGGCCAUCGUCCGGGGCAAGGAGACGCUGCGCAUCGGGGACUGCGCCGUCUUCCUGUCGGCCGGGCGGCCCAACCUGCCCUACAUCGGCCGCAUCGAGAGCAUGUGGGAGUCGUGGGGCAGCAACAUGGUGGUGAAGGUCAAGUGGUUCUACCACCCGGAGGAGACCAGGCUGGGCAAGCGGCACAGCGACGGGAAGAAUGCGCUGUACCAGUCCUGCCACGAGGACGAGAACGACGUGCAGACCAUCUCCCACAAGUGCCAGGUCGUGGGGCGCGAGCAGUACGAGCAGAUGACGCGGAGCCGCAAGUACCAGGACCGGAGGGACCUCUACUACCUGGCAGGGACCUACGACCCCACCACUGGGCGCCUGGUGACGGCCGACGGCGUGCCCAUCCUGUGCUGAGCCCCGGCCGGACUGGCCUGCCCACCCGAGGCCAGGCGGUGCCCGGUGCAAGCGGGGGCCCACCCGCCCCUCGGUGGGGGGCGGCUCUGAGCCAAUAUGCAAACCCACCGAGGCAAGAUCCAGGCUUUUUAUGAUUUUCCCUGGAACGAGAGAGAGCUCCUGGGCGUCCGAACCCAGCCCCACCCGUCUGCGGCAGAGGGUCCGCUGCGCCCCUCGGGGGACCGGCCGGCCCUCGCCGCUCUCCCGCUGGCAGUUCACGAGCGCGUAGAAUCCAAGCCAUAUUUUCCCUAGUACCUCCCACUGUCUCCCACCAGGGAAAGCAGAAAUCAGGUGUGUCGUCUAUUUAUUUCUCUCUGUAAAUAUUGUAUUUCUGCGGGGAAGUUUUAUGGAAAAACGUGGAAAAGGAUUUUGUUUUCCCCACACGCGUGACAAGGCUGUGCGUGGGUGCGUGCGUGCAUGCGUGCGUGGGUGCCUGUGUGUGUGUGUGUGUGUGUGUGUGUUUAGAGACUUUUGUUUCAUUCGGAGGAGGUUUUCUUUGAAAAUGCACUGUUUUCCUCAGCCUAGCUGAGUUCCAGCUGGGGCGUCUGUGACGACAGAGGCAGCUGGGGUGGGGGGCGCACAGGAGGGGGCGGACAGGACCCUGGGGUGCACCCGCCGAUCUUUUGGGGGGACUGUCGAACAGGGGGAGCCACACGCGCGUUUCCUUAUACUUCAUUUCCCGGGAAGAGGGCAGUGAGGGGCAGCUCCGACAGUGAGGACCCCGCGGGGAGAGCAGGGACCCCGGAGCAGGGCCCCAGCCCGAAGGGGUGACGGCAGCCAUAUGUAUCUUACCUCUGUUUAAAACGAAACAAAAUGAACAAAUACUAUUUUAAAACUCUCCGUAUGAAGAAGUGAUGUUUUGAUUUUAUUUCCUGAAUGUCCCCAGUUUCUUUCGAUGUCCGUGUCAGUGGCCCGCUGGUCCGGCCUCCACUCAGAGCAGGAAGGGACGUGGCCCCCGCCAGCUCGUGCGGACGUGCCGGGCAGGACCCGACUGCCUGGCGGGCUGGCGCUUGGGGCACAGAGCGGUGUUCCUCCUGCCCACAGCCCAGCCUCGCAUGCGGGGAGCACCCCUGGGGGACUGUUCACCCCUCUGCCCAGCGACCUGGCUGUCGGGCAGGUGUCCCAGACUGCCAGCACCCCCCAGAAACCCCAGAGAGCUAGUCCCCCCUUCACUUCUCCUGAGGCCAAGAGGAACAGGCAGGGCAAGCCAGACCCAAGGCCCAACAGCCCUCGUCCCCAGCACGCACUGAGGCUCCCGGGGCCCACUGGGAGCCCCAGGAGAGCACCCCAAGUUAGCCUCUGCUCCCUAGGACGAGCUCUCGUGUGACCCGCAGACACAGCCCAGGUACCCAGCAAGGAAGGGAUGUCGCUGGCUGCCCAGCCCCCUCUUUUUUCUAACCAGGAAACCACCCGCCCCUCCCCGGCUCCUGGCCGCUCCCCACAGGAAGGACAGGGCCCCGGGGUGGGGGGGCGACCCCGGCACCCCAGCUCCCUCUCCCAGCCCAGCUCUCGCCUUUGUCUCAGCACGAGUGCAAUACUUCAUUCCUGGUGGUCGUCCCGGAGGCGGCGGCCAAGGUUCUCCGCUGGGGAGGCAGAAAGACUCCACAGAGGAGAGGCAGCCGGUGCCAAGGUGCGCGGGGACGCCCAGCCGUGGAAGCAGCACCCAGGGCUCCGAUCACCCCAGCCGCGAGGCGGGAGCCAAGGAACAGGCUGCCUUUUCCGGGUUCUCUGCCGCCGGCUGGUCCUCUUCCCUCCUCCGCGGAAUUCUGCCCUUUGCUUUCCUCCUCCUGGCCUCUCCGCGUGUGUGCAGACCGCCUGGCCCCCCAGCCGUGGUUAAACCUGGCAGAAAGCACGACUCUUGUACAUGUGUAAACUAAGAGGGUGGUUGAAGUUUUUUCAAUGUAAACACUAAAAACAAACACAAAAAAACAAAGGUUUUAUGAACAGCAAACUCUAUAUGUAAAGGCCUUUGGUAUUAAAUUUUUUAUUGAUAACUUGCUCAAGAAUAAAUCUAUGACCGAUUGUACAGGUU